ACUCUGUGCCCGGCUCCCCCCUUCAGCGCUUUGUUAGGGACUGCGCGGCAGCGUUAAAAAAAAGGUGCCGCCUAUACCUACGCGCGAAAAAUUUAUAAGCUCAGCGUUGAUGAGCGCCUCAGUAUAGCUGGGACUCUCUUCAUAGAAAAUGCCCGCAGAAUCUGAAAAGCUUCCUUUGCCCACGUUGAGACUUUCCAGAUGUGUUGGACGGCAGUUGGUACCCAAGGCCUGCUGGCUGGGGAUAAGCUCCGAAGAUGAGCUGAAAGCCCGUUUCCAAGUCCUCUGUAUAACUGUAUUUUCUAGAGUCAUAAGGCUGACAACCCGAGCAAGCAGGGCGGAUUUUAUAACUAUUCAACGAGUCCAGUUUCCAUUUAAGCUCCUAAACCAAAAAGAGAGAUGGUCAAUGCAUGGUUUUCUGAGAGAGUUCAUACUAUUCCAGUGUGCAAAGAAGGAACCAAACAUCACAGUGAAGCUUGUUCUUGUUCCACACGGACUGAAAGCACUAAUUCCACACCACCAACUAGGAAGAUAUCUGCUUCUGAAUUUGACAGGCCUCUUAGGCCCAUUGUUAUCAAAGAUUCUGUUGGAACAGUGAGCUUCUUGUCAGAUACUGAAAAGAAGCAACAGAUGCCUCUCCAAUCUCGGACACUUGGAACCAAUGCAGGGGAUCAGUGCUCAAGACUCUUAGAACUGGUGAAGGAUAUUUCUAGUCACCUGGAUGUCACAGCCCUUUGCCAUAAAAUUUUCUUGCACAUCAAUGAACUCAUAGCUGCCGAUCGGUAUUCCCUAUUUCUGGUCUGUGAAGACAGUUCCAAUGAGAAGUUUCUUAUCAGCCGACUCUUUGAUGUUGCAGAAGGUUCCACCUUAGAAGAAGCUUCAAACAACUGUAUCCGCUUGGAAUGGAACAAGGGAAUUGUAGGCCAUGUGGCAGCCUUUGGCCAGCCUUUGAAUAUCAAGAAUGCCUAUGAGGAUCCCCGAUUCAAUGCUGAAGUGGACCAAAUCACAGGCUAUAAAACACAAAGCAUUCUUUGUAUGCCAAUAAAGAACCAUAGGGAAGAGGUGGUUGGUGUGGCACAAGCAAUCAACAAAAAAUCUGGUGGUGGAGCAACGUUCACUGAGCAAGAUGAGAAGGAUUUUGCUGCUUACCUGGCAUUUUGUGGAAUUGUUCUUCACAAUGCUCAGCUCUAUGAGACUUCCCUUCUUGAAAACAGACGCAAUCAGGUACUUCUUGAUCUUGCCAGUUUAAUAUUUGAGGAACAGCAAUCAUUAGAAGUCAUUUUGAAGAAGAUAGCAGCCACUAUAAUUUCCUUCAUGCAAGUGCAAAAGUGCACCAUUUUCAUAGUGGAUGAAGACUGUUCAGAUUCAUUUUCCAGUGUCUUUCACAUGGAAUAUGAAGAAACAGAAGAUUCCAGUGAAACCCACAAAAGACACAAUGAUACAAAUCAAAUUAAUUAUAUGUAUGCCCAGUAUGUCAAGAAUACUAUGGAGCCUCUGAAUAUUCCACAUGUGCGCCAAGACAAAAGAUUUCCUUGGACAAAUGAAUGUUCUGACUGUACAAAUCAGCACAUUGAAAGCUUGCUCUGCACACCUAUAAAAAAUGGAAAGAAGAAUAAAGUGAUAGGAGUUUGUCAACUUGCAAACAAGAUGGAAGAAAAUUCGGGCAAAAUAAAAGCUUUCAAUAGAAAUGAUGAACAGUUUUUGGAAGCUUUUGUUAUCUUCUGUGGCUUAGGGAUCCAGAACACUCAGAUGUAUGAAGCUGUGGAAAGAGCCAUGGCAAAGCAAAUGGUGACAUUAGAGGUGCUGUCCUACCAUGCAUCAGCUGCUGCAGAAGAAACCAGGGAGCUUCAAGUAACAGCGGCUGCUGUUGUACCGUCUGCACAAUCUCUCAGGCUCACUGACUUUUACUUCAGUGACUUUGAGCUGUCAGACAUGGAGACUUCUCUGUGUACAAUCCGGAUGUUUACUGACCUUAACCUUGUACAAAAUUUCCAAAUAAAACACGAGGUCCUUUGCAGAUGGAUUUUAAGUGUGAGGAAAAAUUAUCGGAAAAAUGUUGCUUAUCACAACUGGAGACAUGCUUUUAAUACAGCCCAAUGCAUGUUUGCUGCUUUAAAGACAGGAAAAAUUCAGAACCAACUUACUGAUGUUGAGGUACUUUCUUUGCUGAUUGCAGCUCUGAGCCAUGAUUUAGAUCACAGGGGGGUGAAUAAUUCUUACAUACAGAGAAGCGAGCACCCUCUUGCACAGCUUUAUUGCCACUCAAUAAUGGAACAUCAUCAUUUUGAUCAGUGCCUGAUGAUCCUAAACACACCGGGCAAUCAGAUUCUCAGUGGUCUUUCUGUUGAAGAAUACAAGGCAACAUUGAAAAUCAUCAAGCAAGCUAUUCUUGCCACAGAUUUAGCACUAUACAUAAAAAGAAGAGGAGAGUUUUUUGACCUCCUGCGGAAUAAUCAGUUUAACCUACAAGACCUUUAUCAAAAGGAAUUAUUUUUGGCAAUGCUGAUGACUGCAUGUGACUUAUCGGCAAUAACAAAACCAUGGCCAGUUCAGCAGCGGAUUGCUGAACUUGUAGCUGCAGAAUUCUUUGACCAAGGAGAUAAAGAAAGAAAAGAACUUAACAUUGAACCAACAGAUUUAAUGAACAGAGAAAAGAAAAACAAAAUUCCCAGCAUGCAAGUUGGAUUCAUUGAUGCUAUCUGCUUACAGCUUUAUGAGGCCUUAACCUACAUAUCGGAAGCCUGUUACCCUUUGCUUGAGGGCUGCAGGAAGAACCGGCAGAAAUGGCAAGCUUUAGCUGAAGAGCAGGAAAAUAACUUGAUCAUUGGAGAAAGCAAUCAGCCCAAACGGAACUGAAAUAAGCGUUCAAUAUGACAUAUUUGUCUACAAAGAAGAUAUUUAUAUAUAAUAAUUUGGAGAUAACUAAUGUUUUACUAGACACUGUGUGAAAUAGGUGCAUAAUUUGCCACUGCUGUAUUUUAAAUAACAAGAAACAUAUAUUUUUGCACAGCACUCAAGAACACAAUAUGAAUUAUUUUUAUGUAGCCUGAUGUAUCAUAAUUGUAUAUUUCCAAUUGAACUGCAACUAGCAGAUAGCCUGCUCAGUUAGAUAGUGGUAUGUAAGUGGACAAUUUUUAGGACUGCUUCAGAAAGUUCUUGGUACUGAGUUGUAUAUAGUUAUUUAGUUUUGGUCAAUGGCCAGUACUUUAAAGAUUACUAUAUGUGUCACUUUUCUGUUUUUUUUAUAGUGCCUCUUCUAUGUAAAUAAUGAAAAAGUAGUGUUGCAUUUGAAAGCUAGAAGUUACCAGAAAAGCAAGCUGGGUAGCAUUUGCUUUGCGUGGGGGAGGAACUAAUUAAUAUUGCUUGUUCUAAGAAAUCUGUUUUUUUCAGGGUGAGGCAUGUUGAGCUCAAAGGCUAAAGUACAAGUCUCAAGGGAAUAUGCUGCAUCUGUGACUUUUCCUGUCAUGGGAAUGCUUGAAUUUUACUCAUUAUGUUGCAGCAGCUGAGAAAAAUCUGCAAAUGAAAUUGCCCAGAGUUCCUUAAUAGCAAUGAAAUGUUUAAGAAAUUUUAAUUAAAAUGGAACUAUUUAAAACUACAAGAAUGCUCUAGAAUUUCAUAAGACUAAUUUAAUAAAGCACGAUCACAGAGCUUGUAAACAGUAUGGAAUUGCCAGUAGCAGUCAAGGAACUCUGUCAAAAGUAGCUUUAAAGAAAGUUAAAGAAUGCAACAACAGGGAAUGGCCUACAUCAGGGGUGUCAAGCUCAAGGCUUGCCGGAUCUGGUCCAUAGGGUGCUUAGAUCUGGCCCGUGGGGCCGCCGUGGAAACAGCGAAGGACUGGCCUCUAUCAGCGAAAACAGAACAUGCUGCAGAGGAUUGCAGGAGGCCAUCUCAGCAGAAAACAGAGCUCACCUGUUUUCACUGGCAGAGGGUUACAGGAGCCCAAAAAUGGAGCUCGGGGGCCCUUUUUCGCUGUCAAAGUGCUCAGUCCACCACAGGCUCUCCCAACAUGAGUGACAUGGAGCUGGCCACAUCCACCCUGGCCACAUUCACACAUACACAUAUAGUCAAACACAAUACUGAUGCAGUCCUCAAUUAAAUCGAGUUUGACACCCCUAGCCUAGAUGAAACAAAUCAAGUCAAGAAAAACAAUGUCCAGGCUACCAGCGGACAGACAAAAAGAGGACAUGUCCUUUUUGUCCUCAUGUCCUCUGGCUGGCUGACAUAGCUUUAAAAUCAAGUAUUGUCCAGUUUUUUGAGUAUGUAACAAGCUGUUUCUUCCUGAGCAGCUUUUCUCAAUGGUGCAGCAUUUCCCUAAUAAAUGCUAAAUGCAAGGGAACAAGGUCAGCUCUGUGACGUGGAUUAGUACCUUCUCUCAACUGUAUGCUACUGCCUCAAACUAACAAGACUCUAAUCAUUUACAGUAGUCUUCAAUUUACAACCAUAAUUGGGAUGUUCAGUUUUUGUCACUGAAGCAAUGUGAUGGUUAAAUGAAUCAAGCCCAAUUUUGCAGUCUUCUUUGCCACAGUUCCUGAAUGAAUCAUGGAGUUAUGAAGUGAAUUUAGGUUCCCCCAUUGACUUUGAUGGUCAGAAGCCCACUGGGAAAGUUGUAAAUGAUGAUUAUGUGACUUUGAGAUGCUGCAACCUUCAUAAAUACAUGUCCAGCUGCCAAGCACCCACAUUUUGAUCAUUUGUCCAUGGGGAUGUUGUGAUGGUCAUAAGUACAAGGACUGGUCAUAAGUCAUUUUUUUCAGUGCCAGCAUAACUUUAAAAGGUUGUUAAACUGUUUUUUGUCUGUUUUUUUACUGUAAUUUUUGUUGCGGAUGCCAAGAAGGACCAGUGUGUCUUCCUUUGCCUGGUAAUCUAGUAAUCCUAAUCAUGUAUAAAACAAUCUUUGGAUAGCCAGAACUAUUUGUCCAUAUAAUUUAUUCAUAUAUGGUUUUUUUGCCGCAGUACUACUAGAAGUUAAAAAGAAAACGCACAUAUUUUUUAAGUUUUUGGUAAAUAUAGGAACAUUUGCACUUUUUUGUUUUAGUACUACCAUCAGGCUUACAUUUAGAGCAACAGCUUAAUUUAUUAAUGAGGUAAAAACUACCAUCUGGUUUCUCUCAAGAUUAUUGUAUCCUUAUAUCUUUAGAGAAGUAAAAGGAGCUCAUCUUAAAGAAACAGAAGCUUUAUUUAUUAGGGGCUUCUGGGAAAGGUUCUCUUAUUAGCUCUCAUGCUAAAAGCUUAUUUACGAGAUUCUGGACCUGAAUUAACUUUGGGAUGGUGGUACAAAUAAGGUCAGUUAGCAUGAGUAUGUUUUUAUUGUGUGCAAUAAAAAGCAUUAUGAAAUCUGAUUUCCGUCCUGGAGCUCAAGACUAGCUUUUUUGUAGCGUUGGCUAAUGGUGAAGUUAUUACAAGCUUUAUUGAUUGCAACAUUUUAAAGUCUCCAGUUAAUCAAAUGAAAGCACUCAACUUUGCUUCCCUAACCACCGAACAAUAUAUAUUCACUAAAUUUUUCACUCCUGCUUCAUACAUUUGAUAAAAAUGUUAACUAUCAUUUGAUUGAUCCUUUUGAUAAAACCUUAUUUGUAUCAUUUCUUACAAAUCAAUGUAGUUUCAUUAGUCCCUGGUCCCUUGCUCUGUUCUGAAGCUAAGCAGGCUACCCCCAUGCUGUUCUCAGAUUAGUGAUAUACUACAAACAUUUCUUCGGAGUAGAAUAAUUUCACACCAACGGAGGCUUCUCUUUGACAUGGUAAUUUUAAUGAGACUGAUUUGAGGGAAAGCUUUCCUAUUCAGGGGUAAAUGAUCUGAAAUUUGUGGUGUCCCUUCUAGGAAUACCAGUACAGAUUUAAAUCCUUACAUAUUUAAGAGGGGAAAGCUAACUGAUUAGUUAAAACCAAUAUAUUAAUAUUGAGGUUAAUUAAUGUAUGAGGUUAUUAAUUAAUUAAUAUAUUAAUAUAUGUAGUUAUUUAAUGAGGUUAAUAUAUGAGGUUAGUAAAUCUAACAAAUGGAAAUUUAAUAUAAAAUCACAACAAAUUGCUUAAAUUCUUACAAUCACUAACAUGGAUAGCACACUACUAUUUAACUAUAGGUCUUAGGUGUGGUAGAAUCUCCUUAACUAUGCUUUAAUUUGCAUGAUUGAAAGUAAAACCCAUUACUAAUGUUUUGUAUGGUAAGUAUAAAUCAAAUUAAGAAAGACAGAUUAUAUGUAAACAAAGAACUUGCAGAAUUCAUUUUUGAGAAACUGGAGUCAAACUAUUCUCCAUGUUUUGUCUGAAAUGAAUACCACUUAAAUAGACAUACUGAAAUAAAGCAUUAGGGUAUGUCUCUUCCUUAAUUUAUAUGACAUAAUAAAUGUAAUGAAUGUUUUGAUAAAGUUAUUAAAGAUCCAGGAAGAAUUGUUUUCAUGGAAAAGUAGUUCUAUUCAUUUGUAAAGAAAGACCAAAUUAUUUUACUUUGUCAUCUUCACUUUUUUAUGAAGUCUAUCAUAUGUACUGUGGGAGACUUCAGUGCAAUAUACAAUAUAUUUGAAAAUAGUAACAUGUUUAUAAAUUGAAGCAUACAUUUUAAAAGGAUUAGAUUCAAAACCAAACUAAUUUCUAUUGAAUACUGAAGGAAAAUUAGAUCAGUGAUUGGUAACAAUUCAUGGAUUUUUAGAUUUGUGCAAUUUAUGUGAAGCUUAUUAAUGAAAUGUGGAAUAUGUAGAAGUUUGCAAAACUCAUAAAAACAACAAUCAGGUUUUCAAUUUAAGAUAAUUGUAUUUUGGGAUGUUACUUUCCAAAACAUUGACCAUCCAUUUAUUUCAAACCAACAUUUUGGGGACAAUGAUGUUCAUUUCAGAUAUACAUAUACAUAAUUUGACUUCUCAGUAGCUGAUUAUUUAAUGUGUGAUUAAAAUGUGUUUUUUUCUCCUUGAAAAAUUGCAGUGGAAAGAAACCUGAAUCUAAGGUAUUAAUUUUUUCUUCCCUUUCCAUAAAUGUAAGUCAUUUAUAAUACUAUACAAUUAAAAUAACAUAUAUCUAGAACAAACCUGAAAAUAAGAGUUAUGACUUAGCUAGCAUUAUCAAGUUUACAAUAAAUAUAGUAUCAUCAGGCAUAUUCGAUAUAAAUUUUGGACAAUACAAUAUUUUGACUUACAUAAAACUCACCCAAAUUUUGGCGAAGUCAUGGAGCCUUGUUCAUUCAAAUCAGAUGAAAAUUAUAUUUUAUGACUUUCUGUAAAAACUGGAGAUGGAUGUGGAUGUUAUCUCUGCCAUUACUAAAUUGUUCUGUAAGACGCAUUAUGUAAAGAGGCCAAUGAACUUGUAACCUCCAAUACAUUUCUUCAAUUUCUACUUGUUGUCUUUUAUAUGUAGAAUGGGAAAAAUAGCAGGAGAUAGAAAUAAAAUGAUAUUGCUUUUU